AUGGGGGUAACAGAAUGGGUUGCCGAGCGCCAGAUGGAGGUGGAAGAAUCGCAGAAUCAGCGGGAUAAACGAGUUGAGGACCUCUGGAGGCAAUUGGACCCCAACGGCUCGGGCCAUUUGGACUUUAAGGGGUUGCAGAAGGGGCUGAGGAAGAUCGAUCACCCCAUGAAAAAUGCAGACCACAUGCUGCGGAAGAUCAUGACCGUCGUCGACACGAACGACGACGGUAAAAUCCAAUACGAAGAGUUCCGCUGCUUCGUGGAGCAGACCGAGCGGCAACUAAUGUUUCUGUUCCAGUCCAUAGACAAGGACAACGACGGGCGACUUGACAAGACCGAGCUGCAGGAAGCCUUCCGACGGGCAGGGCUUGUCGUACCGAUGCGCAAGCUCGCCUCCUUCUUUGGCGACAUAGACAUGAACAACGACGGCUACAUCAGCUUCGAAGAGUGGCGAGACUUUCUUUUGUUUAUGCCGACACACAACAGCAAUGCGCCGUUGAAGGCUGUGAUGGACUUCUAUUCCUCCAUCGUCACCCUCUCUGCUGAAGGUGACUCGAUGGUAUCGGAGGAGACUCUUGAAGGCUCAGGUACGACCGGCUUCCUUCUGCAAACCCUCUUUGGAUCCAUUUUGAAGCUCGCAUCCCCUUCUUACUCGGAUCCCUCCGCUGGCAACAUCCAACUUCUCAGCGACGAGGACGGCAAUUCGGUAGCUGUGGUCGUGCCUUCCCGAGAAGGACCAGGCUCUGGCCCUUCCGGCCUCUCGCAGCUCCCCGCCUCGCCAAAACAACAACGACGACGGAGUUUAUCAAAAAACAACAACAGCGACAGCAGCAACAGCAGCAGCGGUUACGCCAGUCCCUCAGCAGAUCUCGACCCGGCCUCUUCGCAACAGCAAAUAUUGUCCGCGCAAGCGAUAGUAUUGCCAAUAUCUCCCCCGGGCUAUUCAGGUACCAGCGCCAACAUGAACAACAUGAACAUGGAGGCAGCGGUGCUGCAGGCGUGCAUCCAGGCCGCCGACGAGAAGCCCACAGGCAUACUUGGAAGACCCCCCGGCGUCGGCACCUCUCAAGCGAACCAGGUCACAGGCAGCAGCUCCGAGCAAGGCUCCAGCUCCAGCUCAGAUGCAACUGUAGCACCCAAGUUCAAGAGAUUGACUGACUUCGUCCCCGAUCCAGGUUACUUUAUCGCAGGUGCCGUCGCCGGAGGACUGUCGAGAACUGCCACGGCGCCCCUCGAUCGUCUGAAGGUCUACCUGCUCGUCAACACCCGAGCGAGCACCGACACGGCGGCGAGUGCGCUCAAGCAGGGGCGUCCGCUGCUCGCCCUUCGCAACGCGGUCAAGCCAUUCGGCGACGCCGUCAAGGACCUCUGGAAGGCUGGCGGUAUUAGGAGUCUGUUUGCAGGCAAUGGACUCAACGUCAUCAAAAUCAUGCCUGAGAGUGCCAUCAAGUUCGGAUCAUAUGAGGCUGCAAAGCGAACCCUCUCUAAGCUCGAGGGCCACAACGACCCCAGACAGAUCAACAGCUACUCGAAAUUUGUCGCAGGUGGUGUUGCUGGCAUGGUUGCCCAGUUCUGCGUAUACCCGUUGGACACACUCAAAUUCCGACUCCAAACAUCAACAGUCCAGGGCGGACUCUCUGGAAAUGCCCUUGUCCUUGACACAGCCAAGAAGAUGUGGCAGGCAGGCGGUGUGCGCAUUGCUUACCGUGGCGUCACCAUGGGCCUGAUGGGCAUGUUCCCCUACAGUGCUAUCGAUAUGGGCACCUUCGAGUUCCUUAAGACAUCAUACAAGAGGUACAUGUCCAAAUAUCGCGGCAUCCAUGAAGAAGACGCCAAGCCAGGCAACAUUAUGACGGGCAUCAUUGGUGCCACCAGUGGAGCUUUUGGAGCAUCUGUGGUUUACCCCCUCAAUGUCCUCCGUACCCGCCUCCAGACUCAGGGCACAGUCAUGCAUCCUGCGACCUACACCGGCAUAAUGGAUGUUGCACAGCAGACGCUCAAGAACGAGGGUGUGCGGGGCAUGUACAAGGGACUCACCCCCAACUUGCUCAAGGUGGCUCCCGCGUUGAGUAUCACCUGGGUUGUGUAUGAAAACUCAAAGAGACUCCUCGGCUUGGAAUGA